GGCUUACAGAUAUCGGACCCAAUAGCGUUUAACUAAUUGGGCUUCCUUUAUACAACCCUAUAAAUAAGCACAAACUAGGGUUUCCUUAAAUCCUUCUUAUUUCACUCUUCAACAGCAGCAGCAGGCAGGAAUCUCGCCGAUCGUGAAAAAUGCCGUCCCACAAGACUUUCAUGAUCAAGAAGAAGCUGGCGAAGAAGCAGAGGCAGAACAGGCCUAUUCCUUACUGGAUCCGUAUGAGGACCGAUAACACCAUCAGGUACAAUGCGAAGCGCAGGCACUGGAGGCGUACCAAGUUAGGAUUUUAAGGUGGAGGGCUUGGAGUUCUCUUCAAGGUUUUAUGGAAAAAGUUAUGUGUUUUUUUGUUACUUUCCAGUUUUGUUUAUUAGGAGCUUAUUCCGAAACAAAAUUUAGUAGAGUUGUUUUCUACUGAUGUUUUGGUAAAAAAUGUUGGAGCUUAAUAUUCAGAAAAGUUUAUGUAUUGAAAGACUAUUUUUGGAUUUA